GCUAGUCGCGCCAAGAGCGCGGAGCCCGCGAGCCGCGCGCUUGAAGGGUGCUCUGGAGGCCGACACGGGAUCUCGCGGGCCAUGGCAGCCCCUGCCAGAGGAAAAAAGAAGCAGCCUGAGGAGGGCAACCCCCUAGACGCCCCUGCAUUCCCAGGUCCUGAUGGUGAGCGGAGCAGGAGCCAGAGCCCCAUCCAGCUGGAGGAGGACCCCCCUGAGGCAGGCGGGGAGCGGGAGGAGGAACAGGCCUUCCUGGUCAGCCUCUACAAGUUCAUGAAGGAGCGGCACACGCCCAUCGAGAGGGUGCCCCAUCUUGGCUUCAAGCAGAUUAACCUGUGGAAGAUCUACAAGGCUGUGGAGAAGCUGGGGGCCUAUGAGCUGGUGACCGGCCGCCGCCUCUGGAAGAACGUGUAUGAUGAGCUAGGGGGCAGCCCGGGCAGCACGAGUGCAGCUACGUGUACACGCCGCCACUAUGAGAGGCUGGUCCUCCCGUACGUGCGGCACCUGAAGGGGGAGGAUGACAAGCCGCUGCCCCCCUCCAAGCCCAGGAAGCAGUACAAGAUGGCCAAGGAACCACGGGGGGAGGAUGGGACCACCGAGCGGGCGAAGAAGACCAAGGAGGAGAGGCAGAUGGCCCAGGUGAUACCAGAAAAGACCAAAACGGAUGCCACUGAGCUGACUGCACUUCGUAGCCAGGAGGCCCCUGGGCGCAGCACGGAGCCACUGCACCCAGCUGCUGGGUCCUCCUCGCCCUUUGUGGGCGCUGGGAUCUGCCCUGAGGCCUACAAGCGGCUCCUAUCCACCUUCUACUGCAAAGGGACACAUGGUGUCAUGUCACCUCUGGCCAAGAAGAAGCUCCUGGCUCAGGUCAGCAAGGCAGAGGCCUUGCAGUGCCAGGAGAAGGGCUGUUGCCACGGGGCAGAUGGUUCUGACAGGGAGCUCACAGAGAGUUCCCGGAGCCCAAGAGGGCGGGCUGAGAACUUGGGGUGCCAGCCAGCCCCACCGGAGGGGUUGCCGGUGUCAGAAAGCAGUGUGCAGCCAGAGACUCCAGGGGGCCCCUGCCCUGCCCCUGUCUUCAUGGGCUCUUUCCAUGCCUGCCCCACUGAGGUGCUGCGACCUAUCAACCAGCACCCUCGGGACUUCUUCUCCAGCCUAAAAGACAGGGUGCUACUGGGGCCCCCAGGCAGAGUGGAGGGGCUUUCUGCCAAAGACCCUCCACUAGUGUGGGGUGGGAAUGCCAGCCGCCCCUCUGCUUUCCACAAAGGUAGCUCCAGAAAAAGUGUCUACCCCAAGCCCAAAGCCUGCUGGGUGUCCCCUAUUGCCAAAGUCCCUGCCAACAGUCCUAUGCCCCUUCCCAGCAUCCCCAGCAACCCCAGCCUGAGCAACAAGCGCAGCCUGGAUGAGGAGGGCUUUGCCCAUGGUGGCAAAAAACUACGAGUAGUAUCUCCUUUCCUGAAGGAGGUGGACACCAAAGAUCAUGGGGUGAAGCCCACGGCGCCCGGCACGGCUGUCUCCUGCCUGCUGGGCCCGGCCCUAGGGCCAGCCCCACCGGAGGCCUACCGGGGCACUAUGCUGCGCUGCCCGCUCAGCUUUGCCAGCGGCCCAGAUCCACUAAAGGGCCAGGCAGCACUGCCCUUCAGCCCCCUGGUCAUCCCUGCCUUCCCGGCCCAUUUCUUGGCCACAACCAGCCACUCGCCCAUGGCCACCAGUCUGAUGCACCUCCCCUCUGCAUCCUUUGACAGUGCCCUUCGCCACAGACUCGGCCCAGCCUUGCCUGCCUGGCACAUGCCACCUGUCACAACCUAUGCGCCACCGCCCUUCCACUUGAACACCAAGCUGUAGGUCUGCCUGUCACACUGCUGCGCUACGGAGGGUUAAGGUGCCCGGAGAGAGACAGACAGUACUAGGUGGCUCACUGCCCAGGACACGUGGGCCAGGCAGUCUGGCACAAGCAAAGUGGCAGUGGGAAAACUGGGUUUGUCCCGAAGUAGCCCAAGCCCAGGGCCUGGGGACCCAAGUGGGGCGAGGCCCUGGGAGAAGAUGUGCAGGGUUGGCAGUGCCCAGCUGGUGCCCCUAGUGCAGGAGCCACGAGCCAGGUGAGGUAUCCUGAUGCCCACUGAAAUGCAGUAAGAAGACACGCUCAGACCUUUGCAAGGGCAGGUGGGCAGGACAAGCCGGUGGAGCCACCCCUGUGGUAGCCCAGGAGAUAAGAUGCCAUUCCGUGGUCUGGGAGCCACAUUCCACAGAAGAGCAGCCCAAGCAAAGCCUCGCCUCCAUGCCAGUUCUACAGGCCUUCUGGCAGAUCCAGUAUCUUCAACCUGCCUUCCUAGUUGAGCCUCAAGACACCUACCUGCCUGUCACCUCAUGUGUAGCUGGGACUGCAAGGCUCACAGCAAGCUGGUGACCUGGCAGCUGAGUACAGAGCAGGGUGGUGUCUUCCUGCACAAUGGUGGUUGCUGCACAGAGCUGACCUCGGAACUGUGGGCCCCAGGACCAGACAUGCCCUAUGCCUGGGGGCCCUGCUGCUGGAUGCAACCUCAUCCUGCUGACCAAGCCAGUCUCAAGCUCCUGGGCUCCAGUGAUCUUUCGGAGUAGCUGGGACCCAAGGCUGUAAGCAUGAAGCUCAAGUCAGCCUACUGUGGGCAUGCAUGGAGCUCUGUGGACCCUGCUGCUGGAUGCAGUGGCCAUCACCGCCUAUCUCCACUUCCUGUCCCACACAGAUGGUCACCAAGGCCACUAGGGUUCCAAGGGAGAGGUUAGGCUGGCUGCUGCCUGGGCAUCUGCUCUGGCAGUGAGUGCCUGCAGGUUUUACACACACUUGCCCUGGGGAAUCAGCGUGUGCUCAGCAUAGCUCCAGGUGCUGGAGAGGCAGCGCCACCUAAAGGGGUUGCCAGGUGACUUGGGCCAGGUCAGCAGAUGGCCUCUGACCUGCAUCCCAGAACUUGCUCUGCCCUCUGGGCCCAGGUCACAGGGACAUUCUGUGG